AUGGCCUCCUACCACAUCCGCAGAUACCGAGAGAGUGACCGCAAGCAGGUCCUGGAGUUGUACUGCUGGGGGAUGGCCCAGUACUAUUCCAUCACUUUCCGCCACCUCCUGAAGCUGCCCCGCACGCACGUGCUCUUACUCGGUGGGCCCCUGGCUUUGUACCUGGCCUCAGGCUCCUGGGCCCUGGCCCUCCUGGCCGAUGUGGCCCUCCUGGGCACCCUGUGGCUCCUGGCCAGGUAUAUCUGGCUCAACAUUAUGAACGAAUCUUUGCUCACAGACAUGGCAGACAUCACCAAGGCCUAUUUCAGUGAGCCUGGCUCCUGCUUCUGGGUGGCCGAGUGCAGGGAGAAGGUGGUAGGCAUAGUGGCAUGUCUCCAAGUGGGUGACCCCACCCUGCGGGGGAAGCAAGUGGAGCUAGUACACAUGUUUGUAGCCUUGGAGCAUCGUGGCCAGGGGCUGGCCAAAUCCCUGGUCAGGACGCUCCUCCAGUUUGCCCGUGACCAGGGUUACAGGGAGGUGGUCCUGUCCACCACCAUACUUCACCGCGUGGCCCAUCGCCUGUACCAGGGCCUUGGCUUUCGCAGGACGCACACGUACUACGCGUCUAUCAUCUGGAGGAUUGCAGCCAUUCCCAUCAUCUACUUCGUCUGUCCGCUUCCCUCCGUCUAG